GGGUGUGCACCCUCACAGACGGCGUCGCGUAUGCAUCCCCUAAGCAGUCCUCUUCCUACAGGCGCGUUGCAAGGUUGUUGAAUAAGUGUGCGUAUCCCCACGAUCACCAUGUCACUCUGUGUUUUUUGUUGACGGAAAGUGAUGACGCUGUAGGUUUUCCCCAAAAACAUUUUCGGGAAUUCGUCGAAGAGGGAUGCGAGUGGACACAUAACCUCAAUCGAUUGAAAUGGUUACUAUGGAACCACAAAUACUUUACAAGGGUGAAAAAUUGCAUCAAAACCAAAGAUGAACGAUAAUGGGUCCAAAUUGCUUCGACAGAUUUUUUGUGGCCGCACUUUACCUCCUCAUUCAAUCGAACCUCAUCAAAAUAGGAUGCUCAAAAAAUUCCUUAUCGGACAUAAAAAUCACCGUGCCCUCGUCCCAUACAACCCUAAGCGGAGAUGUAGAUGUUGAGAUCCAGUCGUCCUCGACAGCACCAUUAUCCGUGCAACUCUUCAGACUGGAGGGGAACUCAGUGCAAUCAUUAGCCAAUUUCUCAGUAUUCCCGGAAGCCUUACGCCAGAACAACACCAAGCUGAUCAUACCCUGCGGUUAUUUUUCGAGGGGCGGCAAAUACUACGUGCUGGCCAGGAAGAAGAACUUCGACGAUUUCUACGGCGAUCUCGCGGACAACGAGAACGGCGAAACUUCUAUGGUCACCGAGACGAUUGACGUGAAAUGGUCGAUGCCCGAUUUGAAAGUAGUGCCUGAUCACAUACAGACUUAUCCGAGGAGUCCGGUGAUUGUUACGCUGGAUUUUCCGACCGAGAGCUGCCCGCCGGCUUCGGAAAGUUUGGGAACGACGUUACCGGAGUUCUGGUUCGAGUUGUACUUUUGCGGGCACUCCCCAACGUUCUGUGAUAGUUCGGGUAGACGCAAUCAGAGUUAUCAGAUUUUACACACUGAACAAGUUAGAAGUUUCCCAGGGGAGCAGAAUAUAACUUUGGGUUGUGAAAAUUUUGGACUCGCUGGAUAUUAUGCUGUUUUCAUCAGAACAACCACCGUGGAUACGUGGACGUCACAUAAGUCCGUGUAUUUAAAGGCUGAUUGGAGUGAAGAGUUCGUGUUCAACGUUCACGCUCAAAGUAUAUUUCCAUGUGACAGACACGAUGGUGGUAUCACAGUUUUGUUCCAAUAUCCAGCAUGCAUCAUAACUGGAGAUCGUGUAAGACUCUUCGCCAGGCAUCGUGCAGAGGUGGCAGCACUUGUACCACCCACCACUCUGGAAUACGUGGCUGAGCAAAAAGUAGUUAGAGGAAGCAAUAAGUUAAAGUUUGACUGUGAUCUGUUCAGUGAACAUUUUAUUGAAUAUUGUUUCGUAUAUGUUAGUCAAGCCAUCACUGGAGCUGUGGCUGAUGUGAGGAUAGAUUGCGUCCCAACGCUUCCUGUAAGGGAGACAAAAAAUGGAGGCUGGGGACCCUGGAGCCCAUGGACAACUUGUUCCAGUACCUGUCUUGGGGGUACAAGAAGUAGAUUUCGAUUAUGUGACUCCCCAUUGCCAAGAUUCGGAGGAAAGUUCUGCAAGGGUGAAUCAGUUCAAACGGAAAAAUGUGGGACGGACAUCGAGAACGUCUGGGAAUGUUUCGAUGGUAGUUUCGAUCAAUUUGACCAUAGGGUAGCCGAGAUUCCGAAUGUCAAAGACGAAGUUGGUCUUUAUUGUCGUUGCGGUUGUGUAGUCCAUCUUGGAAGGGCGAAUCCAAAACGUAUACUGGCUACUUCCUCGCAGAGCUGUCCUGGAAGGAUUUUUUGGCAGAUUCAGGCUGACGUUCACUGCAUCAUCCAGUUCAAGAUAGAAUGGUUCGAAUCUUCGUGUGGCAUCCAGUGGCUGAAAAUUCGCGAUGGUAUGACCUUAUCCUCGCUCUUGCUAGCUCAUUUUUCCGAUCUCACGGAAACCAGAUCAACGAUUAUCAAUUCAACAGGAUCAACUAUGCUUCUGGAAUUUUUUUCUGAAGAAAUGAUGACGAAUGGACAAACCUGCGGCGGUGGAUUCCUCGCAUACGCCAGGCAACUAGAACGUCAAAAAGUGUCGCCCUUCAUUAUACACCGUCCUCACAGCAUUUCUCCUUUCGUUAUCUUGAAAUUAACAGCAGUUCAUUCCACUGCAAUUUUUUUCUUGAGUGGGGUACUGAUUGCAAUGGCACUCCUAGGUGCACAAUACACAUUUCGAUACAGGAAAUACCAAAUAGCGUAUACUGACGACAACGAUUCAGCUGUCGAUAUAUCAGCAUCAUGUGCAACCCUGAUCAGUAGGAGAUCCUCGAACUCUACGUUAUUUUCGGAGGUUUUAUCAUUACAUCCUUUGGUCAAACCUACCAAGACAGAAACUAAAAAUUCAGAUCAUAAAAUGGUUGUCCAUGAAAAUCCAAAGGAAUGCACUGAAUCGAGGAAAGAGGAGGAUGCGCAAAAAGAGGUAGAAAAAAUAGCGAACGCUCCUCAGAAAGAAAGUGUUGCAAGCGUAAACAGCAAAGAUCAAGAUAUAGAAGAAGAGUAUAGAAAUGACCUUAGUGAAACCAGUAAAGAUGAUUCAACGGAGAGUAACAAAACCGAUUCAAGUCCAAAUCAAGGAUCAGAUGAUGUGAAUGUCUUAACACCAGCUAAGGGUGAAUAUUCUUCCUCUAGACGAAAGAUAAACACUGCAACAAUAAGAAACACCAACCCCAAGGAAGCGAAAGAAAGGAAAAACAGAGAAAAAUUACUAGCGGGACCAAGCGGAUCUGAUUUUUCCAUAUCUGGUAACGGCAUUGAUCUGGAAGUGGACUAUUACGAUUAUAAUGUGAGUAAUGCAGGAGCUGCCCCUGGUUCCUACCUAGGCAUGGACCCAGCCUUCUUGGUUUACAUCCCUCCGCUCUAUGGAAGUGGUGAUCUAUCUAUAGACGAAGAGGAUAACCGUAAACUAGAAGAAGGAGAUCGUAAAUCGGACGAAGACGAAACUGAGAACAUUUCGGUCGAUACUCAGAAAACGCUAGAGAGCUACAACAAAUGCAUCGACAACAACAGAAAAAAAUCGCCUUACAAAUUGAUGCCUAGUGACGAGUCCAUUACGCCAAUCUUGGAAAAACCGGUGGUUUACGAAUCCAAAGUGGCAAGGUUACACCUCCAAGGACUACCAAGUGAGGAUCUGAAAAAAUCGAAGACGAAGAUAGAGGAAAUACAAAUGAUAGACAGUAACAUUUUGGACGAAAUAAAAUUUGCCGACGAAGACGAUGAUGAGAAGCACUAAUAUCAAAAUAUUAGUCAAUAAGAUUAUUUAUUUCUUAUUUAUUUUAACUAGGAAGGUACGCUUUUGCAUUGAAAUAUUGAUAUUAAAAUUUUGUUACCCUU